CACCCCAUCCAUAUUCCACCACCAUGAGGAAAGAGGAGAAGAGCAAUGAGGGUAACGUGUUUGAUGAAGCCCUCAAGCAGCUUGUCUGGGCGAAGUUUGCCUACAUUUUUUCGGAUGCUCGCAAACUGUCGGCCACAGGAUUUGCACCGUUUUCCUACAAUCAUCUGGGCUUGGAACACCACCCAGAAGGAUUAUCCCUCGGAUCCAUCUUUGCCUGCCUACUCCGAAUCUUGAGAUCGGAAGAUAGUGACUCUCAAGUUGGAAUGUCAACCGGAAACUUCUACAAGGACAGACAAGAUCCUGGAUUACUGCAAGCCGUCGAGUUCGCCAUCGAAGUCAGUUUGAAGGACAAAGGUGACCCAGUGGAACUAUGCCGGAUUGACUCCAAGCCUUAUGAAGUGAUGGUUGACACUCAUCAACAUGUGGGGAGUCAUAAGACAAGCCUCUGUACGAAAUUUGGGAUGCAUCAUACACAAGUCCUGGUGGAUCAUUUGAUUCGCUCGGAGGAAGAAAAGCGAAGAAGGGAAGCCGAAGCAAAGAAGCUCCGUGGCCGCCCUCCGAACGGUCUAACCAAGCUCUACUACCAUUAUGUUCAGCCCUUUCUACCUUCACAAGGGACCGAGGAAGAAAUUGAAGAAGACAAACAAGUUGAUUCCAUUACAGAUGAAGAACUUGUCAAUGUCCUUCAGAAGGAGCUGGCUCCGGAUUCAUUCUUAGCUACUUCUCUGGAGGAUAAAUUCAAAUACCGUCAUAUCAAUGAUGCGCAUCAGGACUUAGAGUGUGUCUACAACAUCGCUGCUUGCACUGAGGAGAAGUGCAUAAAGGUCACCUUUCGUGGUACGGUGAACUUGCAUAACUGGAUUGUCAAUUUUCAAAAUGACUUUGUCAGUCGACCCAACCCAAUUACGGAACAUUUUGAAGGAAAGGAAGAAGGCGUGAUGCUGCAUGAAGGGUGGUCAGCAUACCUUCUUCGCAAGCGCUUGGACAAUCAGAGAUCUAAAUACGAUGAAAUUGCAGAUGUCGUUUGUGAGUUGGGGAGCAAGGAAAUUGGCCCAGGAGAGUUCAAGUUGAUGGUCGUGGGACAUAGCUUGGGAGGCGCCCUUGCUUCUAUCUUCGGGUUCUAUGCUUCUGCUGAUUCUAGGUUCACAGGAGGAGAAUCUCGUCCUCCUGUGGAUGUCUACACAUUUGCGGCUCCAUGGUGUGGGGGAAUGUCCUAUUUCAGAGCCUUUCGACAUCAAGAAGUCACACGCAGGAUCCGCCUCGUUCGGUUCUCGCACCAGCAUGACAUCGUUCCAAACUCAUUCUGGAACAUGGCGUACCAUCCCAGUGGCACCUGUUACUUGCACACCGGAGUUGGCGUUACUCUGAUGCAUCAACAUGGCCACCCGCCAAAGAUUGAAUACAACCACAAUUACAACAGUUUUUGGGCCAUGAUGUGGAUGCGAAUCCGGUGCUGGAGCCUGCUGAAGCUGAUCUUCUUCAAGAUCGACUAUCACGUCUUGCCUGGGUUGCUCAUGGCUAUGAACGAGGCAAUACGCGUUAUGAAAGAGCAGCAAAUGACAUUUCCCACUUUGCAGGAUCUCUACAAUCAACAUGUGUAUCAUACAUUUCCUGGGGAGAAAGAAAAGGCCUCCUGAAGAUUGCAAAUCCUGCUGGAUACGGUUCUUUGGGCUGCUCCAUGGAUGCCUUCUUGGUCUCUCUUUGCGUAUUCGAUGCUGUACCCCACGUUGUUUGAUGGAAGCCAGGACACCAUUGUUGCCAUGAGUGGACACAUUAGAGGGAACCUGACUCUUCCAUGACAGCUUGCCGCAAAGUUUGAGUAUAAAACAAGCUGUCAGUCGUAGUUGGGGUGCAAAAAAGUACAACAGAGAAACGACUGUGAUAAUCUAUCCGUGAACGUGGCUUAUACCACCUAUUUGAUCAUGUACUUUCAUACCUACCAAGCAUAAGGGAUUAGAUUACAGUUAUGGGUUUG